CCCACCCACCAUUCACAUGUACGAGAAAGAAAUUUUAGACAAACUUCUCGAGUAGGCCUAGUGAACAAGGGACCAGCCUCUCUCCAGCAGGGUGGGGAACUAGUUGUGAUCGCAGAGGGGGUAGAGAAUUCCGAUAAGGUGUUGCUCUCGCCACCGCACUACCAAGGCAUUCGUCCCAGUGGACACCACCACGCAAGUCAGCACGAAACAGGAUUGGUGAUCAAGGUAUGAAACACUUUACAGAGAUAGCCUGAAAAAGGGAAGAGAGAUCUGUGCGAGAUAUUGGGUCCUACAAAAGGUUUUCGAGUGAAAUUUGAUUAAAAGGGCCUGUUACAAAUACCUCUACCAUUAUACAAACCAAGACCUUUGUGAUUAACUCAGCAUGAAGACUCGGGGCGCCCUGUCCCACCCUCUUGGCUGGCUUGCUCUGGAACUGCUGCACUGCUUCAACACUGGACCUUUGCUGGUGCUACCCUGCCUCUGGCGCCAUCUGGUGACCACUGCUGCUCUUUUGGACCCAUCUGAUCCUGUCCUGCCUGGUACACCCUCCGGUCCGACCACACGAUCGGGUCCUGUCCUGCCUGGUUCGCCCUCUGGUCCAACCGCACGCACGCUUCACCAUCGGCCUCAUAUGUCGCUGAAUCCGUGAUCUUCUAAGACUAAGUCCAUUCUUCCUCUCAACUACUAAGUCCAUUCCUCCCAAUAACUCAGUCCAAAGGAGGGGAAAAAUAAAAUUUAAAAAACCUGAUAUGAAACGCAGCUUGAUACAAGGAACUAAAUUUCUGUAGCUUUAUAUAAAAUAAAUUUAAAAAAAAAAAAAAAUAAAAAAUAAAAAAAAAAUAAAAAAGGUAACAGCUUGAUGUAAGCAACAAUUUGUAUGCCAAAGAGGCAUAAAACAAGCGAAGACGCUCUUUCGGCGAAAACUGCCUUUUACUUAAAACUGAAACAUUGUUACAUGGCUAAUUACAGUAACAUAUUGAGCUACUGUGGUAAAAAUGUCUGCAAACUUUUUUUUUUUUCUUAAACAUUGGUUGAAUGACUCAAUUGCUGGUAUAAGCCUUUAAAAUGGCUGCUAACUUUGUAGCACAAACUACUACCGUUUGAUGACGGGCAGCUGACCUAUUGAGCAUUGACUAGUUACCCAAGUAGCGUUGUAGUUAAAAUUGUUAGCAGAAGAUUUAAAAAAAAUAAAAUAAAAAAAACUGUGCCAGCCAUUAUCCUGAGACGCUUAUCAAUGGUAUUGCGAUUUAAGGGCCGAUUUAACUACGCCCGCCUUAGUCAUUGUGACGUCAGUCGACAGAUGUGAAAAGAGCUACAAAAGGUAGUUCAAACCAACCAAUAGCAAGCCGGCAGAGGCUUUGCGUCACGGCGGCCAUCUUAAGCCAACAAAGGCGACAAAAAAUUAUAUCUCAAGUCUAAAGGCCACACAAAAAUAAGCAGUUUUCUUAACGAAUAAAUAGCGUUCUCGCAGUUAGACGGCUUCCUGGCACUAAUAGCGCUAGUUUGCCAACGUUAAAAUCGUAAGAAAAGGGGGAGAGAAAAGAAAAAAAAAAAUCAGGUCACAUCUGCUCAGCAAAUAGCUAUCUUCGGUAUUAACAUGACAAAUUACAACUGUUCUUUCUUUCGUCAAGUCUGCUGUAACUGUUAAAAAUAACCGGAUACAAAAAUACAAAAAACGACGAUACAAGAGCUACCGUUAAUUUCCUGCCUGAACAACAGACAAUCUAAGUAACUCAAAGCCACUUUCCGCAUCCUUAACAAAGGCAUGUCGAAAACCCAAAAACUAACAAAAAAGACCGUGUUCACCUGAACAGCAAACGUACAACCUGUCGACGACCCGUACCAUUGUGACGCAGCAAAGAACUGCAGUUGAUUUAUACGCUUCGAGUGGUUCGGUUACGGGUUCGGCUACGUAUUCAUUCGACAAGAAAAAGUAGUUCCCCAUUGCAACAUUAAAUAGCUGUACUGUCAUGUUCCACUGUUUGUUUUAGCCGACAGGUCGAACAUCGUCUAACCUCAAUGCCACAAUCUAUAUUUAAAUGCUUGAGUAAAUAAACGAUGACAACUAUAAAAGGUUAUGUGCGAAUUAAAGCACAACCGCUGUGCUUGGUAGAUAAGAAGCGGCGCAUUUGUGUUUAUUACAAUACAAUGUCAAACUUUAAACUAAUUUUUCAAUUUGUCAAGCCAGUGACUAGGGCCAUUAACACUUAUUUUGAAACCAAACCGCUGACGUCACGCUCAACGGUCGCGCGGAUUAAUUUUGCUGCGGCUUGGCUUGUGUUUCAAAACUGGAUAAAACUAGAAUGUGGUCGGAUCUACUUCUCGCUUGCUGCAAUGACACUCCUUUGUACCGUCGAAACAACAAAUAUUAAGCCAUCUCAUCAUUUUUUGUUUUGUUUUUAAAUGUGACAAAGACAGGCAAGAUGUAUUGUAUGUUUUGCGGCGUAUGCGACCACAUAAACAGACGCGCUGUAAUAUAAAUAUAUUUAAAUGUUGAUCCACGCACACUGGUCGGACGAUUGAACAGGAACUUCAGAGUGGAAAAUUACCAGCUGUGGGAAGGGAGCAACGGUGCCAGUUACAACUGGUCAAACUCGUGUCCAGAAAAAAACCCCGCCGAGAACUCUGUGGCAAAUAUUACACCAACCAACUUAUUUAUUUAAUACGUCGACCUGUGAUGAGCUGCACAUGUAUUUCUCUUUUUGACCCAGCGUUGUCACAAAGCUUAACAUCUGAGACACGCAUUCGGAGGUCACUCCUUCGUACAAACACCAUGGCGUUUUUAUUAUGAUACGUUUGAAAGUCUCACAUUUACGUAAACACAGUAUUAUCUCGCUAAAAUCAGGUACGUGUUAUAUUCACCCGCAUAGCACGGAAAAUCACCCAACAUGGCUUCAAUGCCACGGGAGUUUAGCUGGAUGACCAACAGGGGGAGCAGCGUGACUCCAUGUGGCUCCUCGCCCACUCCCCAACUCCCACACGUGCUUCACGACCCAAGACAGAACACUAUCCUGGAUACCCGGCAAAUGUCGGGGCAAAACCCCUUCAUUUACAUACCUGCCCUCAUCACGAUUCAAUGCCCAGGGCAGGGAUCAAACACAUCCUGGGUUUUCAGUCCUAUUCACGAUGAACGAAUUGAUCGAGUUGGCUGUUAAGCAGGACUCAGUCAACACACAUUCACGUGACAACGAAGCCAAACAAAGGUCUUAUACUCGGAUUCACUUGCUAAUAGAGGUCUUUAAGAAGGAUAAACAUCUAUUUGGUUGUGUAAUAAUCUUAAAACACAAUUAGGUGCGAUGCAAUGAUUACAUCAGAAUCAGCAUGCUUUUGUCGUUGCUAAAUUAUAAAUUAACUUUCAGUUUAUGGGUCAUUCGAGAGUUCAGUACAUUCUCUGCAUUCUCUCUUUAAAAUACCAAACAGCUCUUGAGCACCCCCAAAAUGUUAUUUUUUUCCUCGUGUUUUAAAUCAGCCUUUUUGGUUUGAUUUUGUUCAUGUCUUAUUUGGUAUUGUUAAACAUUUAUUAUUAUUUUUACCACAGACAUAUUUCAAAUAGUAAUUAAGCUCAGAAGUUAUGUGUUUCUCAACAUACAUGCAACCCUGUUACCAAAAAUGUUUUUGGCCUGAAGAGAGGAAGAGAAAAAAGUGAGCUACAUGACUCAGCAAAAAUGACGUCAAACUUAUUGUUCUGUCCAUUGAUAGACCUAAGGCAAGUCCUUUGUAUUUUUCAUGUUUUUGUUUUGUUUGUUUUUUGUUUUUUUCAGUCGUAAUGGACGGUGUCACCUACACCAAUGCAAACCCGCCAACAAUUUUUUAUUUUAUUUUUUAAGUAUUGCAUCUCUGCUUUUUGCAGAUGAUGUGGUUCUGUUGGCUUCAUCAAGCCGUGAUCUCCAACUCUCACUGGAGCGGUUCGCAGCCGAGUGUGAAGCGGCUGGGAUGGGAAUCAGCACCUCCAAAUCUGAGACCGUGGUCCUCAGUCGGAAAAGGGUGGCGUGCCCUCUUCGGGUCGGGGAUGAGAUCCUGCCCCAAGGGGAGGUGUUCAAGUAUCUUGGGGUCUUGUUCACGAGUGAGGGAAGAAUGGAACGGGAGAUCCACAGGCGGAUCGGUGCAGCAUCUGCAGUGAUGAGGACUUUGUAUUGGUCCGUUGUGGUAAAGAAGGAGCUAAGCCUAAAGGCGAAGCUCUCGAAUUACCGGUCGAUCUACGUUCCUACCCUCACCUAUGGUCACGAGCUGUGGGUCGUGACCGAAAGAACAAGAUCAAGCGGCCGAAAUGAGUUUCCUCCGCAGGGUGUUCGGGCUCUCCCUUAGAGAUAUCAUAGCUAAGUUUGUUCUUGACCAGUUGGCAUAGCAGCUAACACAGCAUGUAUUCUUAAGGGAAAACUCUUAACAUUGGCAUUGAUUUGGAGUAAUACGUGAAUAAAUACAUUUUAAAAUACAAUCUAACUUUUUUAAAAUUGUAUGAUAUUAGUUGUUUUUCUGGUGCCUGAGCAACAAGUUUGCACCCAACACAACAAAAUAUAUGAUAAAUAAAGUGUACCAUUGAGGCACGGUGGACGACUGGUUACAAUAUCUGCCUCGCAGUUCAGAAGACCCAGGUUCACAUCUGGCCUCGCCUGUGUGGAGUUUCCAUGUUCUCCCCGUGCCUGUGUGGGUUUUCUCCGGGUACUCCGGUUUCCUCCCACAUCCCAAAAACAUGAAUUUUAGGUUGUUUGAAAACUCUAAAUUGCCCGUAGAUGUGAGUGAUUGUUUAUAUGGGCUCUGAGAUUGGCUGGCGACCAGUUCAGGGUGUAGCCCGCCUCUCGCCCAAAGUUAGCUGGGAUAGGCUGCAGCAUCCCCGUGACCCUAGUGAGGACAAGCGGUAUGGAAAAUGGAUGGAUGGAAGAUGUAGCAUUGACGGUUGAGCUGGAAAAAUUAAAUUAUAUGAUGGUUUAUCACCUGUUUUUCUUGAAAACACAAAAAAUACAAGAUAAAUCAUCAAUUUUGGAAAAAUGGUGCCUAAAUUGUCCAGCAAUUGUGGAAUGACCCUUAUUCACUGAAAAAAACAUCCUUUGAAUUUAUUUAAUUCGAACACGUACAUCAGUUGCACAUGAUUAAAAUGUGUUAAACUAACAUAUAUUAUUUAAUUAUUUUUGAGGGAAAGAUGGGAACGUUACAUCAGUUUACCACAUUUUAAUCGCAUAUGCAAUUGAAAUUAAAUACUUUUUUCCAGUGUUAUCUGAUGGCAGCCAAAUACAUCAUAGCCAACCAUGGUUUAUAGCCCGAGGCUAUUCCAUCCCCCACUUGUUAGCAAAUGUGGUUGUGUAGUUUAGUAUGGAACUCUGACAUUAAUGUAGUGGUUUUAAACAAUAAUAGCAAUACCUAAAAUAAAUGUGACUAUGGUGUGCACUACCUAGUUACAGACAUGUUGAUAAAAAGCAAGUUACAUCAUUCCACUUACAGAACCCCAGUGCGGUAUAGGUCAUUUUUCCAAAUGUCCAACUUUGAUUAUCUCUUCGAUUGAGCACUCUCUUUCAGCCAAUCAAUUGAGCUCCCAGUUACAUCAGGCAUGACAUAAAAUCAGGCCACCAUGCAUGAAGAAUUUCCACCAUGUGUGUUCAAAAGCUGUUGUUCCAUUCCUCUGCUGCCAGAUGAUGGAGACAAACCUAUCUGAAGUAGGUAGACAUACAAUACAACAAAUUUGGCCUUUACUUUAACACCCAUAGUGCUAGAGCAUUAGGGUUGGAACGCUCCAGAUGAUCUCAUCUGGUCUGAAGCAAAGAUUUGCACCUGACAAACAGGUUGUUGUCAGAGAUAACAGUAGUGAGAAACUGGAGCUUCAGAGCUGCAGAAACACAGAUCACCAUCAGUGGUCUCUAUACAGGCAACUCAAUCAAGGUGACAUCGAUAGCCUACCACCAGGGAAGAGACAGGUAAUGGAGAAGUUUUUUAGGCCUGUUCCUAGCCCUUCUGACCUGGCUGAGAUGAAUCUGCGGAAGCUCCACCAUCAUCGACAUCACGAAGACCCAGAGUCACACAGGUUUGCACUGUCUGAUGAUGCUGAUAUAAAUUCAGAUGAAAACCAAAGCAACCGCCGACAGGGUCACUAUUUCCAUGACAACCCUCAAAACGAUACCCACCCUCGCCAUAAAAUUCACAAAACUCCUCACCACAAAGAGGAUGAAAUACUGUACAACCACGGCACUCCUGUAACUUUAUCGAGAGCUUCAUCCUCUUCCCUUUCCUCAACCUCUUCCGUCUCCUCGUCGUCCUGGUUUACAGAAGGAAGUGUAAACGAUCCUUUCUCUCUCCGCCACGCCGAGCGUCCACAGCAUUCUUUGUCCUGCUCCAAUAUUGCGGAUGUACGCAGGGCUUUCCGGGAAGAUGACAACAGUGAGCCUAUUGUCUUUGCCACCGUUAUGCAUGGCGGCAAUGGCAGUGGUGUUGGUGGUCCCGCACAUGGCAGCACGAAACAGAGACAGAGGGGUGUUUUUCCAUCCCUUGACCGAAGUCAUAGCAGAAGUGAGGAGGGCCUCCUGAAGAGUAAUGAAGGCCAUGAUGGCAGAAAACAAUCCAAGGCACCACACAGUGGGAAUCUGUACAAGACCUCUUGUUUGAAUCGAAGCCUGACUUUCAGUGAUGAAGACUUUUUGUUAGGAAAUUAUGGGGGCCCAAAGAGAGCAGUGUCAUCCAGCCAGCUUCCCAGCAAAGGAAUCCUGAAGAACAAGGACCCUCAUGCUGACAUACGCAAAGCGAAAUCGAUGGAGGUGAUAUCACCAAGAGUUGGCAAACAACAGCAUCCCAGUGCCAGUGGCCAGAAGGGGAAAGGGAUCGACCAAGCUGAGAUGGAGCAAGUGAGGGAAAAUUUCCUGCAGGGAAAGUUGCAAUUCUCAGCUUUCCUGGAUGAGAUAACAAAACAGGUAAUAAGUCCAUCGUAUCUAACUAUACUGGGUGUGAACAAUGAAAAAGUGACCAGCAAGACCUGUGCACCAGCUCAAACACUUGACCCAGUCAAACCUGCACUUCCACCUAAAAAGCAUAGGAAAAGUUCUGGCGGGGAGAGUGAACAGUUUCCUAAACAACACAACAGGCAGGAAAAAGGUGCUCGUGGCAUCUUGCGAAAACAUUCAGACAGCUCCAAUCCGGACAAAUUGAUUUCAUAUGCAACGAGGAACCACCAGGGUAGCCCCCCGCCUCAUCAGUACGCCUACUCCCGCAGUCGUAAUGCUCACCAUGGAAGCAGCCGUAAAGACAAAAGACUGUCACCCAUUGGUGGCUCUCUGUCAGAGGAUAGGCAUGGCAGAUGUGGCUCCCACCUAACAGACGGAACCAGCACCAGCCCUGAACUGAGCCAGCCCAAAAUGCGGCACCACUGCAAUCAGCAGACCCAUACCAUCUACAGUCCACAUACCCAGCACUUCCCUCAGCCCCAUCUUCAGGAUGCGCACACUAGUGCAAGCCAACAAGGGCCAAAGACUUCAGCUCGAUGUGCAAGAAUAGGCUUCGGAUCAGAGUCUUCAUCCAAUAAGUCAGACUCAUCUAGGACCCGAGACGCAGCCUCCACAACUACCAGUCACAGUUCAGAGCAGAGUGAGAGACAUCAUUCAGAGCAUGUGGGCAACUCAAAACAAUGCAGAGACAGACUGUGUGAUGUUGAGCAGCUUCAGGUGCUACAGGAGGAGAAUGCUGAUCUUCACCAGAACUUGCUGCAGACUGUGGUCUGCAUUGAAAGCCUGGAGUCUGAGCUGCAGAGGACCAGGGAUGAGCUCACUCAUGUCAAAGACAAAUACAAAAGCCUCCUGGAGACACACACUGGAACCAGGCAGGGUAAUAAUCUGCUGGGGGAGCACUUGCACAUUGCGUCGGAGAGUAGAAGCAGUGAAAGGAAGCACCUUCUCAAUCGUGUGUCCCAGCUGAGCUCGGAGUUGGAGGGCGCUCACAGGACCAUCGCUGGGCUGGAGAACAUCAACCUGCCGUGCCUGAUAAAGGAUUUAUUGGAGAAGCACUUCAACUCACCUGAGGCUGUGCAUACGUUUCUGACACCUUCUGGUGUUGACAGCAACUCUGCCAGCUCUCCAUCAGCACUCAAGCUCCCCCACGCUCCUAAAUCAGAGGAAGCGGCACACGACUGGUUAACAGAAUCAGAGAGUGCCACAGCUUUUGUCCCCUUCAAACAGGAAGUACCCAAAACAGGAGUUCAAAUCUCCAUCCAAAGUCCAUUUGAGUCCAGCAACAGCCUGCCUUUCUCAGUGGACGACAUCAGCACGGCCAUUUAUCAGAAAAUAGUAGCCAAUUACACUGCCAAACCACAAACCUAUCAACAGCAGUCCUCUCUGGGUAUAAAAUACACUGGCACCCCUCUAAAGCCUCAGCAGCUCCACAGAGCUGACCGCUUGGGUGAAAAGGAAAAGGUAUUGGUGACACUUUUGGAGCAGGAUGCUGUGAAUGUGACCUCUAUGUCUGCCCAGCAGAUCCUAGAUGAGUUCAUGCAACAACUGCACACCCAUGAGCGGGUGGGUGAAGGGAAGGAGCAGGAGUAGUAGGUGGUGGGAGCAGAGCAAAGUGGUACAGUGGGCAGAGUGACAAGAGCGAUAACAACACGGGAUGAACGUGACUUUAAUUUCAUUGCAGGAAACAAUGUAGUCGAACAUUUGCGUUUGUGUUUCAUUCGUCUUGAAAAUUUCAAUGGAUUAUAUUGCAGGGUCGUGGCUAUUGUAUUACUUUGACGGUGUAUGAUGUAUUAGUUGUUAUAAUUGACCAGAAUCAGACAAGGUUUGGCUGAUGAGCCAAUUAUCACCCUGCACAGUGUGAUUCAUUUAUACCUCCUCAAGCAACUUUUUCUCAAGUCCACAAUAUUACUAAAAAAGACUAAAAAAAUAAUUUGCUAUUAAUUGCAAAUAAUCUAUUUUGCAAAUAAUGUAAUAUAUUUCUAUUUAUCUUUUCAGAAAAAAAAUAUAAUUACCAUUAUAAAUAUUUACAGCUUAGUGUUGUUAUUUCUUAUUAUUGUGGUGUAGAAUUGUGAAAAAUAACGCUGAUGGAAUUGGAAUUGGAAAUGGAAUACUGAAUGUAUUCCUUGCGGUUUAAGUCAAUUAUAAUAUUUUAGAAAAAGUGAAGAAAAUGUAUAAUUAAAGGGGAUGUUUGCAAUUAAAAAAAAAUUGUUGUCAAAACUGUCAGUAUGACUUGACAGUACAUGACAGGGGCUCAGGUUUAAUGGAUUGGUUUGUGGAUUUUAGGGGGGUGGGGGGGGUCAAAGACAUUCCCAAAAUUUUGGCAGGCCUUAAGAAAUUUUUAGUGAGGCUUCAGCCCCCCUAAAGUAGGCCUAGUGAUGCCAGUGGUACAUGAGUAAAAUUAUCUGUUAAAAAUGAGCCCACUCUAGCCUGAUCUUGUACUUCUCAUUUGAUUUGCAUGGCUGAGGAAAAACAAUCCAUCAGCGACAGAAGGUGUGACUGAUGAGGUGUCAAUCAUUUUCUGUGCACUCGCGAGAAACAAAUCAGUUUACUCAUGUACUAUUGGCAGGUCGUACUGACAGUUUUAAUAAAUAUGACAAAAAGUGGUUUUGUUUUAACUUGAAAACUCCCCUUUGAUGAUAGUGUCUAUGCAAAUAUGUGUGUACAUACGAUAUUGUGUUUUUUUUGGUUUGUGUGGAUGAGGAAACUAUUGUAUUAAUUUUAUUUGAAUCUGCCCCCCCCCCAAUCCUGAUUUGUCAACGUCAAUACUCUGCAUGUCAGCUCAGCAUGUAUGUGGUAUUUCUGCUUUAAUAAUGAAACCAGUUUAAAUUAUGUCAUUGCUUAUCACGUGUGCACAACGUUGCAGUUUGGGGCUCACCUAGAAUAUUCAAGUUAACGGCAUAUAAGGGUGUGCUGCUGGAUUUAAGUUUCCCUGUUUCAUGACUCAUUUAACAUGUUAAUAAA